AAGCAGCGCCGCAUCUCGCGGGCCUGCGACUACUGCCACCGCCGGAGCAUCCGCUGCCGCCCGGCCGACGACGGCGCCGGCUGCCAGAACUGCAGAGACUUUGCCCAGACGUGCACGUAUCACCGCACGCCGCGCCGCCGAGGCGUCCCCGCCCGAGGCAGCGGAGGCGGAGGCGGAGCGAGCCGCGGCUCCGAGCUGCCGGACGUGAAGCUGUCGCGAUCGCCGUCGCAGGGCGACCUGCACAUCAUCCCGGAGGUGCAGCAGAGCCUGGCCGGCUCCGAUGCCUCGCCCGGCCUGCCGCCGGCCUGGCGCGCGCCCUACAUCGUCAGCCAGGCCACCGUCGUCGACCUCGUCGACCUCUACUUUGAAAUCGUCUACCCCAUCUUCCCCUUCUUCCACCAGCCGUCCUUCACCCGCAAGAUCUCCCGCGCAGAGUACAACUCCAACAAGCCGCUCUUCGCCACCACCAUGGCCGUCUGUGCCCUGGUCAGCGGCCGCGUGCGUGACGGCUCCGUCAUGAACCCGAGGUGGGAUGUCCAGGCCUUGCUGAGGGAGACGCUGCCCGACACGUUCUAUGCCGAGGCCAAGAGACAGCUGCUGGACGACGGCUGUGACAGCUCUGAUUUCAACAUCUUGCGUGGCCACGCCAUCAUGGCGAUUACAGCUAUUCAGAAUGGUAAGAUCCGGGAAAUGCAUCAUCACAUUGGCAUCUAUCAUAUGCUCAUGGACAUGGAUGGACUCCACGACGAGGCCAACUGGCCCUCCGGCAUUGGAAUCAUCGAAAGGGAGGAAAGGAGAAGAAUGUUUUGGUCCAUUUAUACCCUUGAUAUUUUCACGUCGGUGGUUUGGGGCGGUGUUAUCCGAUCUCGUGAACAGCAGUCAAACGUUACUUACCCAGCAGAGGUGGAUGACCAAUACAUCAGCGACGGGGGCAUUGCCCUGCCCGGCUUCUCUCCCAGCGGCCUAAGCCCUCCCAUUGCUCGGCUCGUCUUGACUGCCCAGUCGGAUUGCUGGAUAUCUGGCUGGAACUUCAUCACCGAUCUCUACCGAGUGCUGGAGCAUGCCCUGGCGCGGUUUCGGGAUCGGAGGAGGUCGUUCAUGUCUGAAAUCAUAGACGACCAAUCCACAGUGACUGAGACAUCGAUCCGCAACAAGGUGCUCCAGAUGUACCUGAACCUUCCCGAAUGUUUCAAGACCACCCCCGCCAUGGCGUUUAACCAGAAACAAGAUCUGUUCGGCUUCCAGGCGGCUAACAUCACUGCCAGCCUUCAGCUUCUUCGGAUUGUGUUAUUUGCAGCUGGCGGUGCUAGCAUCAAGGAACGCUGCCAGAUCGCCUCGGACGUCGUGGACGCUUUCAACUCUAUUCCCGUACAAUACUGCUUGGCCAUAAGCAAGCCGCUCCUACACCACCUGGGUGGAAUAGGCUCGAUUCUCGGCUCUGUCUUCGAGGAGCGCCUUAGCGAGGCAGAGUACACCCAGGUGAGGUCGGUCAUGCUGGCAAUGGCCCGACUUCUCGAGAACCUCGAGACAAUACACCGUAGCUCAUGUGCUAGCGAGAACCUUCGAUCUCAAGUGUCUCGUAUCGACGAGUACAUGUCCACUCAGCGACAACACCAGAGGCCGCCUCUCGAGGAAACUCCGGUGAAUGCCACAGCGCAGCCGAUGUUGCCGCCUGUCGAUGGCGCCAGAGGUGCUCCUCCACCACCCUACGAGCAGCAUGUCAACUCGGAAAUGGCAGCGGACUGGUCGUUCCAAGUACCCCCUGAUUUGUUAGGCGAUCUGACGUGGAAUUUCGACUUUGGUCCU